AAAGAUACCGGUUUCUAUGGUAAAAUUGCUAAAAAGACCGGGUUGUUCUUUGGUUUAUUUUUGAUUGUCAAUUAAUUUAAAAGUAUCGUGUAAACCCUUUUCGGAUUCUUGUAUCUUUCGAAGCUUACGACUUACCAAAGUAACAAUCUCAAAAAUGACUGCCGACAUUAAACCUAAUCAUACUAUUUAUGUCAAUAAUCUCAAUGAAAAGAUUAAGAAAGAAGAACUCAAAAAAUCUUUGCAUGCUAUUUUUUCACAGUUUGGUCAAAUUUUAGAUAUUGUGGCGAUAAAAAAUCUUAAAAUGAGAGGACAAGCUUUCGUGAUUUUUAAAGAAACUACCUCUGCAGCUGCUGCUAUGCGUUCAAUGCAAGGUUUCCCUUUUUAUGACAAACCUAUGAGAAUUCAAUAUGCUAAAAGUGACUCAGAUGUUAUCGCCAAAAUGAAGGGAACUUAUGUUGAAAGACCUAAAUAUGCUAAAUCAGAUGAACCGAAGCGUCGAAAGAAGGAAAAGAAAAGUGGAACUAGUGUACCUGGUCAAACUGCUGGUGGUAUUCCUCAUUCCGCUCUUGUUGAACAACCACCCAAUAACAUUCUAUUCAUUACAAAUCUUCCCGAAGAAACAAAUGAAAUGAUGUUAACUGUUCUUUUCAAUCAAUUCCCUGGCUUCAAGGAAGUCCGAUUAGUUCCUGGACGUCAUGAUAUCGCUUUUGUUGAAUUUGAAAACGAAUUUCAAUCUGGUGCGGCAAAAGAUAACUUACAAGGUUUUAAAAUUGCUCCAACUAACCCAAUUAAGAUUACUUUUGCCAAAAAAUGAUUUAUUCUAAAUAAAAAGUCCAGUUUUACAUUCACACAUUCAA